AUAUCAAAAGACACCUGAUCUACUAUUAUCGAACGGGUUUAAUUGCGUAGUAUAAAUACAAUUUUGAAAUUCAAGAUUUGUGCCGCAUUUGUUUAAGUAUGUUAACCAUUACGUGGUAAAAUUAUGGAAUUAAGUGUGAUAAGAAAUCCUGACCUCGUUGUUGCUAUAGACGUUGGCAGUACGUACUCGGGCUAUGCCUGGCAAUGGCGGUCAGGUUUCAAGGCCAACAAAGCCAACGUUGAGUUCAACACUAUUUGGGGACAGGGUGCUCCUCCGUUGCAUAAGACGAAUACUGCCUUGCUGUUGAAAAGGACUACUGAAAGCACUGAAGAAACUUCUGCUGAGAACCCUGCUGAAAAAAAGACGGAAAUAGUAGCGUUCGGUUAUUCCGCGGAGCGAAGGUGGGCGAACAUUUGCGGCGAUCCGGAUCUAAAGAAGGAUAGAGACUCGUAUCAUCUUUACAAGAAAUUUAAACUACAGUUAUAUCAAUUGGAGCAGAAUCAGACUGAAAGAGCUGAAAUCGAAGACGCAGAUGGUCGGAGAGAUCCACUUGAGGAAAUUAUGACGCUCUUCAUUCAAGCCUUACGAGAAGAUUUUCUCAAACGGUUGAAAAAGAGAGAAAUAACUUUAGAAGAUGAGCAGAUUUUAUGGGUCGUCACCGUGCCUGCUAUUUGGUCAGAAAAGGCCAAGAAAUUCAUGAGAGAUGCUGCCGAAAAGAGCGGCAUAGGAAAGAGGAAUCUCUUACUUGCGUCUGAGCCCGAGGCCGCUGCAAUUUAUUGCCUUAACCUUCCCUCGGAGCAGAAAUCUGCCAUGCACAAUGCAUUUAUGCCGGGCCACCGAUUCCUUACCGUUGACCUCGGAGGCGGAACAGCUGACUUAUCGGCUGUUGAAGUUCUAGGUGAUGGCUCGUUAAAGGAACUGUGUAAUGUUCAAGGCCAAUUAGUGGGCGGACAAAAUGUCAAUGAAGCUUUCCUACAGUCGUGUAGUGAAAAUUUUGAAGGGGAUGUCUGGAAAAAAUGCUUUAUGGAUGCAAACCCUCUGGACUUACUCGAGAUGGAGCAUGAUUUUGAAAAAAUGAAAGUUGCCAUUGGCAGCGAAGAUCCAGUUGAUGAAUUAAUUACUGUCCCAUUACCGGAGACAGUGAUGGAGGGCAUUACAACCAAAUCCAUUAAACUAAGCCCAAAGCAAGACAAAGGAUUCGAAGCUAAAUGUAAUAAACUUCAGUUCAGGUCAAAAUAUAUCAGAGACUCAUUAUUCAAGCAAACAUGUCACCUAAUCUUCGAUGCAGUAGACCGAGUACUGCAGAAAAGAGAAUCUUCUGGCAUACAAGCCGUCGUCUUGGUAGGGGGAUUCGCCGAAUCGUCGAUUGUUCAAGAAAAUGUUAGAACAAUGAUACAAACAAAGUACAGCAAUGUAAAGGUUGUUGCACCGACCUCACCUUUCAAAGCGGUUCUGAUGGGCGCUGUCAUGUAUGGGCAUGACAUGUUUAUUUACAAGAGCCGAAUAAGUAGAGCGACUUACGGAGUUGGUUGCAAAACAAUUUUUGACGAAAAAAAGCACGACCAAUCAAAGAACUGGUACAAUGAGGACGAUGGAAAAUACUACUGUAAAGAUAUAUUCGACGUGCAUGUCCGCAUGGGGGAUUCAGUGUUUCUCAACGACAAAUCAACGAUUGGCAGGACCUAUUUACCAUUGCUCAAAAAUCAAAAGAUUCUAAGCCUGCCAUUAUAUGAAACAUCAAGCCACUGCAUUGAAAAGGAAGCAGUACUUUAUACAACCGAUGGAUCUGCAAAGAAGGUCGGCGAAAUUAAAGUAGAGUUGCCCGAAUCCGAGGACUCAACCAAACAAGAAGUUUGCGUACAGAUGAUUUAUGGAGGUACCCAGCUGUCUGUCAUUGCCAAAGAAAAGGGCUCUGGCAAAGAAUACAAUGCUGAAAUCAAAUUUGACACUGUGUAAUGGGUUACUUAUCAAUGUAGCAGUCACCUGAAGACACCAAACAUAAUGAUUUACCAAGCAUGGCACACUUCAAACUAAUUGCCAAAUUUAUUCCGCUAUUGGAAUAGGCAAUGGUAGUACCUUGACAUGUAAUGAUGUGUUUUUAUUUUCUCGAUUGUGUUGAAAACUGAUAUAAGAUAACUCUCUUAUUCAAUUGAACUAUUAAAGAAUGUUGUUAUCGCUGUCAUUUUUUGAAAAAAAAAGAUAAGGUUGUGUUGCAACAUAUUUCGCCAUCUAUCAAGUGUCCGGUUGGCGUAUUUUUGUUUACUCUUUGAUGUAUGGAAAUUAAACUUGCAUUUUUUAAAAAGUCCGCUGUCUAUUUUCAAUCUUCCAAUUUAAAGUAGAUGACAACUGCACUUUAUCUGAAGGUAAAUAUUGAUAAUGAUGCGUUCAAAAUUUGUACUCAUUAAAACUUCAGACUGUUAUUCUUAACUUCUGAUCAGUUCGCAGAAACAAGAUGGACUGCUUAACUAGUAAGAAGUGUUCUUAAAUUAAAGCUAUAUAUCUUGAAUAGCUAUAAGCUACAUUAUUAAAUGCGUUUACAACGCUCAUUUUCAAUGCUCAUAAUCAAAUGAUUAUUGUUGUUACCUUAUGGCAAUGCAAAUUUAUCUUAUAUUCAUGAAAUCUUACACUAAUAUUUUUGUGAUAUUGGCAUAACUGCACGCGGUUAGGUUUUGCAAAAUUUAAUAUGUAUUCCUAAAUCAAAUUCAUUGUCUUUAAAUGUAAUGUCUUCUGGAAUUCAUACAGUUUAAAGUUAUUUUAAAAGUUUAUGGCAAACUGUCCUGUAUAAUCAAUUCCGAGAGCAUCCAACCUGAUUAUGUUUCUAGAAUUGUAAAUAUAUGUCCGAAUUCAUGUAUGAAGCUGAUCUUGUUUAAUAUUAUCAUUUUUAUUUCGUUUUAUGUGUAAUUAAUAUCUUUGUUAUUGUUUCUGCGUAUGUUUGUUAUUGCGGAUGUCUUUUGCUACGUUUAUGGGAUAUUUCGAGUGACAACGGAUGCCAUGGCCAGUUUUUAGAGUUAAUGUAUUCAUCUAGAGUUGACAUCUAAUGUUUUACGCAAACAGGAUUAGCUGUGCAGACGGACUAUGAUCAACUACGUUAUAUGAAGCUAAUCAUUAAUGUAUAUUUCUAUCAUGAUACUGCUAUUUAAGUAUUGGUAACGAUACCAUCUUGUAUAGGGCCAGUUUCAGAAUGAUGUGAUAUAUAAACACACACACUUGAAAUAUAACCAUGCUGUAUUAAUACUCUAUUGAACAACGAUAGCCCGAUCUUUAUUUUAUGCUUAAAUGUAUCCUUUCAUUUGUAUAUCGUGCCUGUAUAUUUGAAAUGUUGUCUGUGUUUGAAUGAAUAAAUGAAUCAAAUCGUACA